CGCUGGCCCCGGGUGGAGGCCGGCGCCCCUCAGCCCUGCGCCCAGAGUCGCCGCUGGCUCCGGCUCCGGGCACGGGCACGGGCACGGGCACGGGCAGGCAGCGAGCCGGGGAUGUGAGCUGCGCCCCGCGGGAUGGCAGCCUCAGGGAUGCUGGGAGGAUGUGACAUCCUCAUCGUCUACAGCCCAGAUGCCCAGGAAUGGUGCCAGUACCUCCAGGACCUUUUCCGGUCUAGUCGGCAGGUCCGCAGCCAGAAGAUGUUGACUCACAGGCUGGGCCCUGAUGCCUGCUUUUCAGCCCAGGACCUGAACCUAUUCCUCAGUGCCCGCUGCGUCAUGGUGCUACUGUCUGCAGAGCUGGUGCAGCACUUCUACCAGCCAGCCUUGCUACCCCUGCUGCAGAGAGCCUUCCACCCUCCGUACCGCAUGGUGAGGCUGCUCUGCGGGGUACAGGACAGCGAGGUGUUUCUGAAAUUCUUUCCAGACUGGGCCCACUGGCAGGAGCUUACCUGUGAUGAUGAGCCUGAGACUUACGUGGCAGCUGUGAAGAAGGCCAUUUCUGAAGAUUCUGGCUGUGACUCAGUCACUGACACCGAGCCUGAGGACGAGAAGUGUGUACCCUACUCAAAGCAGCAGAGCCUGCCGUCGGGGACUUCACCUGGGAACCUGAUGGUGGUGCAGCCGGACCGCAUUCGCUGUGGGGCAGAAACCACUGUCUACGUUAUAGUGAGAUGUAAGCUGGAUGAGCAGGUGACCACAGAAGCAGAAUUUUCUCCUAAAGAUUCUCCCUCCUUAAGGAUAGAAGCCAAGCUGGAGAAUGAAUACACCGUUUCCGUGAAGGCCCCCAACCUCUCAUCAGGGAAUGUUUCUCUGAGGAUAUAUUCUGGGGACUUGGUGGUAUGUGAAACGGUCAUCAGCUAUUAUACUGACAUGGAAGAAAUUGGGAACUUAUUGUCUAAUGCUGCGAAUCCUGUGGAAUUCAUGUGUCAGGCCUUUAAAAUCGUGCCCUACAACACAGAGACACUUGACAAACUGCUCACCGAGUCCCUAAAGAACAACAUCCCUGCCAGUGGGCUGCAUCUCUUUGGAAUCAACCAGCUGGAAGAAGAAGAUAUGAUGACAAAUCAGAGGGAUGAGGAGCUGCCCACCUUGUUGCAUUUUGCCGCGAAGUACGGACUAAAGAACCUCACUGCCUUGUUACUCACCUGCCCAGGAGCGCUCCAGGCAUACAGUGUGGCCAACAAGCACGGCCACUACCCCAACACCAUCGCCGAGAAGCAUGGCUUCAGGGACCUGCGGCAGUUCAUCGAUGAGUAUGUGGAAACUGUGGACAUGCUCAAGAGUCACAUUAAAGAGGAACUGAUGCAAGGGGAGGAGGCUGACGCCGUGUAUGAGUCCAUGGCGCACCUUUCCACAGACCUGCUCAUGAAGUGCUCCCUCAACCCUGGCUGCGAUGAGGAUCUGUACGAGUCCAUGGCUGCCUUUGCCCCAGCUGCCACUGAAGACCUCUAUGUUGAGAUGCUUCAGGCCAGUACAUCGAAUCCCAUCCCUGGAGGUAGUGUCUGUCGGACCAUUAAAGACUCUAUGAUCCGCAAAUUUUUAGAAGGCAACAAUGGAACCAAUUUGGAGAGAGAGCUACACCAUCCUGGGCAGGAAGAAGAUGUAUAUCACAUGGUAGAUGAUGAUGAGGCCUUUUCCAUGGACCUAGCCAGCAGGCCCCCUGUCCCAGUGCCCAGGCCAGAGGCCAGUGCUUCUGGGGCUCACCAGCUGCCAGAUAAUGAACCAUACAUUUCUAAAGUUUUUGCAGAAAAAAGUCAAGAGCGGCCUGGGAAUUUCUAUGUUUCCUCAGAGAGCAUCAGGAAAGAGCCACCUGUCAGACCGAGCAGGGACAGGCCCCAGUCCAGUAUAUAUGACCCCUUUGCUGGGAUGAAAACACCAGGCCAGCGGCAGCUUAUUACCCUCCAGGAGCAGGUGAAGCUGGGCAUCGUGAACGUGGACGAGGCUGUGCUCCACUUCAAAGAGUGGCAGCUCAACCAGAAGAAACGCUCUGAGUCCUUCCGCUUCCAGCAGGAAAAUCUUAAACGGCUGAGAGAUAGCAUCACCCGAAGACAGAAAGAGAAGCAAAAGUCAGGAAAGCAGGCAGACUUGGAGAUCACAGUCCCAAUCCGGCACUCACAGCACCUACUGGGGAAAGUGGAAUUUGGAGUCUAUGAGAGCGGCCCCAGGAAAAGUGUCUUUCCCCUCAGGACAGAGUUAAGAAGGGGAGACUGGAAAACUGACAGUACCUCCAGCACAGCAAGCAGCACAAGUAACCGAUCCAGCACGAGGAGCCUCCUCAGCGUGAGCAGCGGGAUGGAGGGAGACAACGAGGAUAAUGAAGUUCCUGAGGUUACUAGAAGUCGUAGUCCAGGCCCCCUACAAGUGGAUGGGACAUCCCCUGCGCCCCUGGAGAGGCCCCCCAGGGUACCUCCCCGAGCUGCCUCACAGAGGCCUCCAACUAGGGAGAUCUUCCAUCCUCCUCCACCUGUUCCACCUAGAGGUCGCUGAUUCCACCUCCCCAAAGUUGCCUACUCCAGGACUUUAAGACUCGCAGUUUUCAGCCUGUCAAUGAGUUCUUCAUGUUGAGAGUUACGGCAUGACUCCUGACCUUAAGAUCCAUUCUCAUUAUUGAUAUUGUUGCAGCCCUGCUGGUUUGGGCUUUCCUUAAAGAAGACUUUAUUAAGCAAUGGAGAAGUGAAAAAUUAAGGGCUUUAUUCACCACCCCCAAGUAUACUGGUCCAUAUACUUGUUUAAUGGAUAAAGACUUAAUCAGAAUACUUACCUCUAAUUUGCCAAGUCAGAAGCCUCAAAUGAUUGGUCAUAAAUGUACUUUACAAGUGAUUUUGCAGAAAUGAACUUAUAUUAGUCU